AUGGGUUUCUGGCGCAGCACUUUGAGCCUGACGGCGACAGCUUUGGCUGUUGUGGCUGCAGAGCCCACACAUCGACCAAGGCCCGCUUCUCCCAGAGCUAUCGUCGACCAGGGAGUCAUCAAGGGCUUUGUCCAAAAUAAUACCGAUGUCUUUUUGGGUAUCCCCUUUGCCAAGACCACCGCUGGCGAGAAUCGCUGGAAGGCUCCGCAGCCCAUUGAAUCAUUCCACAAUGAUCAAUUCGAAGCCACUGCGUACGGACCAUCGUGUGCCCAGGCCAUGUCUGGCACAGCAAUCACGGAGCAGAGUGAGGACUGCCUUAGUCUCAACAUCUGGGCUCCGCGCCAGGGAGUCAACCUUCCCGUCUUUGUCUAUAUCUACGGCGGCGCCAUGGUCACCGGUGGCAGCAGCAACGCUCAGUGGCAAGGACACAACUUUGCUCGCAGUGGUGUUAUUUAUGUGAAUCUCAAUUAUCGCGAGAGCAUAUAUGCCUCGCCCAAUUCACCUGAACUCCAGGGAAAGUCGCAGAACUUUGGAAUCAUGGACGUGGAGCUAGCCUUGGAGUGGAUUCACGACAACAUUGAAGCUUUUGGUGGCGACAAGUCGCGCAUCGUACUGGGUGGGCACUCAUCUGGUGGAGUGCACGUUGACCACUACCUCUGGAAUCACCCAGACACCUUCCUGGCCGGUGCAAUCGAGAUGUCUGCCAACGCCCAGUCUGGUCCCGCCAUUGCACCCGCGGGUGUGGCACUGAAGCAGGUCGUGCAGGGAAUGCUGGAUGCCGGGUUAAGUCUGAGCUGUACGGCCGAAGACUACACUCUGGACUGUCUGCGUGCCGCAGACACUUACGCUUUCCAGACGACCUCUUUCAACUCGACCCUGAACACCUGGUUCUCACCGUCGGUGGACAAUAUAACCCGCUUCUCCAAUUAUGUCGAUCGUUUUGCCAAAGGGCACUACCCAACAUCGCUGCCACUGAUUGUCGGUAACUCCGACCAAGAGGGCAAGAUAUUCGGCUACGUUUACGGCAGUGAGAAUACCAAUUUCUCAUCCUGGAUCCGUACCUUCGACGCGGAUCUUGCCUUUGUACCGACGGACGAGCUUAUAGUCGCCUACAAUGAAGCCGACUAUGACUCGAUCUCUCUGAUGAGCGGCGCCUCGUACGGCGACGCGCGUUUCCUCUGCGCGACAGAUUACCUACUGGACAUGCGCUCCAGCAAACAACCUACAUGGAUCUAUCGCUGGUUCGGAAAUUACUCGAACGUGCUGCCAAUUCCCAACCUCGGACCCUCGCAUGGUAGCGAGGUUCCCUUUUUCCAUGGCGGCAAUGAGUGCUUCUCGUUGUUAGACGGCGUUACUGACGCGGAACAGGAGCUAGCAGACUAUAUGCACCAUUGGUUUGUCGAGUGGAUUAAGAACCCGAGUGCUGGGCCUGGCUGGGCGCAGGCUCGACCGGUCAAUGGCCCUCUGGCACGAGUGGGUGUACCUGGGCAUGAAGAGAAGCUUAUGAUGGGCAAGACUGGCAUGUAUAAUAGUCGCUGCCAAAAGGUUUACAAGCCUAACUAUCCUACGUACCCAGUGGUGCAGAACCCUGUGUUUCUGGCUGAGAGUCAUUGA